UUCGCGCAGGCGCGGGGAUCUCGUCUGCGUCCUCUGAGGGCUCCGUCCAUCGUCCCUCCAAACUACAUUUCCCGGGAGUCUUCGCGGCCUAGCGCCUCCCGACUACAUUUCCUUGAAGAAAUUGCCACAACCAAGGUCCUGGAAAGACUGAAUCUAACCCGAUUGUCGCUCCCAGAGUCCUUUGCGGGGACUACAUUUCCCAGGAGACUCAGCAGCUUCGCUUACCGGAAGCGGCGGGUGAAUUGCGUGCCCUUGCGCGGGGAGUGAAACGAGAGACAGACCAUGGUGGCUCGAGUGUGGUCGCUAAUGAGGUUCCUCAUCAAGGGAAGUGUGGCGGGGGGAGCAGUUUACCUUGUUUAUGACCAGGAGCUGCUGGGGCCCAGCGACAAGAGCGAAGCUGCGCUACGGAAGGCCGAGGAGGUGGUGCCACCAGCAAUGUACCAGUUCAGCCAGUAUGUGUGCCAGCAGACGGGUCUGGAGAUGCCACAGCUCCCAGCCCCUCCAAAGAUUAACUUUCCGAACUUCCGUGACUCCUGGAACUCAGGCAUCAUUUCCGUCAUGGCAGCUUUGUCAGUGGCCCCCACCAAGGCCCGAGAAUACUCCAAAGAGGGCUGGGAGUACGUGAAAGAAUACACCAAGUAACAGAUGCCACUUGUCCCAGCAUUAUGGGGGUCAAGACCAGGAUGCCACAGACUCAACCACAGUGGGGACCUCACUCUGAGGGCAGCUUCCAGCAUUGCUGGUCCAAUAAAGGACUUGAGAUACUCCCCAA